UGCGCAGGGGCGGUGCCGGCUCAGCCGCUGGUCGGAAGCUCCCGCUCUGAGCCGGGGUAGCGUCCGAAGAGGCUACUCGGCCCUGCCGCCCGCCAGGCCGUUGGCUCCGGGCCCGGGGGUCCGGCUGUGGUCUUCACCAUGAGUGUCCCUGACUACAUGCAGUGUGCUGAGGACCACCAGACUCUCCUCGUGGUGGUCCAGCCCGUGGGGAUCGUCUCGGAGGAGAACUUCUUCAAGAUCUACAAGAGGAUCUCGUCCGUUAGCCAGAUCAGCGUGCGCGACUCGCAGCGCGUGCUCUAUAUCCGCUAUCGGCACCACUACCCGCCCGAGAACAACGAGUGGGGCGACUUCCAGACCCACCGCAAGGUCGUGGGCCUCAUCACCAUCACAGACUGCUUCUCGGCCAAGGACUGGCCGCAGACUUUCGAGAAGUUCCACGUGCAGAAGGAGAUCUACGGCUCCACGCUCUACGACUCGCGGCUCUUCGUCUUCGGGCUGCAGGGGGAGAUAGCCGAGCAGCCGCGCACCGAUGUGGCCUUCUACCCCGGCUAUGAGGACUGCGGGACGGUGGAGAAGAGGAUUGAGGACUUCAUCGAGUCGCUGUUCAUUGUGCUUGAGUCCAAGCGUCUGGACAGGGCCACGGACAAGUCCGGGGACAAGAUCCCGCUCCUCUGCGUCCCAUUCGAGAAGAAGGACUUCGUGGGACUGGACACAGAUAGUAGUAUGUUAUUGGGUCUGAAAAGACAUUACAAGAAGCGGUGCCAAGGGCGCAUGCGGAAGCAUGUGGGGGAUUUGUGCCUGCAGGCCGGGAUGCUGCAGGACUCCCUGGUCCAUUACCAUAUGUCCGUGGACCUGCUUCGCGCAGUGAAUGACUUUCUGUGGCUUGGAGCUGCCCUUGAAGGGUUAUGUUCAGCUUCUGUCAUCUAUCACUAUCCUGGUGGAACUGGUGGUAAAACUGGAGCUCGAAGGGUCCAGGGUAGCUCACUUCCUGCUGAAGCAGCCAACAGACAUCGACCAGGGGCACAAGAAGUUCUCAUUGAUCCAGGUGCCCUCACCACUAAUGGCAUCAAUCCAGAUACCAGCGCUGAGAUUGGACGGGCUAAGAACUGCCUUAGUCCUGAAGACAUAAUUGACAAAUACAAGGAGGCCAUUUCCUAUUACAGCAAGUAUAAGAACGCUGGGGUGAUUGAGUUAGAAGCGUGUGUCAAGGCCGUCCGUGUCCUCGCCAUUCAGAAGCGGAGCAUGGAAGCUUCGGAAUUUCUCCAGAAUGCAGUCUACAUCAACCUUCGACAGCUCUCCGAGGAGGAGAAGAUCCAGCGGUACAGCAUCCUCUCUGAGCUCUACGAGUUGAUUGGCUUCCACCGCAAGUCCGCCUUCUUCAAGCGCGUGGCUGCCAUGCAGUGCGUGGCCCCAAGCAUCUCAGAGCCUGGCUGGAGGGCCUGCUACAAACUCCUCCUCGAGACGCUUCCUGGCUACAGUCUGUCGCUGGAUCCGCAAGACUUCAACAAAGGCACGCACCGAGGCUGGGCUGCCGUCCAGAUGCGUCUGCUUCACGAGCUGGUCUACGCGUCCCGGAGGAUGGGGAACCCUGCUCUCUCUGUCAGGCACUUGUCCUUCCUGCUACAGACCAUGCUGGAUUUCUUGUCAGAUCAAGAAAAAAAGGAUGUGACGCAAAGCCUGGAGAACUAUACCUCCAAGUGUCCCGGAACCAUGGAGCUCAUCACCCUCCCCGAUGGCCUCACACUGCCCCCGGUGCCCUUCACCAAACUUCCCAUCGUCAGGCAUGUGAAACUGUUGAACCUUCCUGCCAGCCUCCGGCCACAGAAAAUGAAAAGCUUGCUGGGCCAGAGCGUGUCGGCCAAGAGCCCCUUCAUCUACUCACCGAUCAUCGCACACAACCGCGGGGAGGAGCGGAACAGGAAAAUAGAUUUCCAGUGGGUUCAAGGAGACGUGUGUGAAGUUCAGCUGAUGGUAUAUAACCCAAUGCCGUUUGAACUCCGAGUUGAAAACAUGGGGCUGCUCACGAGUGGAGUUGAGUUUGAAUCUCUCCCCGCGGCGCUCUCCCUCCCGGCUGAGUCUGGUCUUUACCCAGUGACGCUUGUUGGGGUCCCGCAGACGACGGGGACGAUUGCUGUGAAUGGUUACCACACCACGGUCUUUGGUGUCUUUAGCGACUGUUUGCUGGACAAUCUCCCGGGAAUAAAGACCAGCGGCUCCACGGUGGAAGUCAUCCCUGCUCUGCCCAGACUGCAGAUCAGCACCUCUCUGCCCAGGUCUGCACAUUCACUGCAACCUUCCUCUGGUGAUGAAAUAUCCACUAAUGUGUCAGUCCAGCUUUACAACGGAGAAACUCAGCACCUUGUUGUGAAACUGGAAAAUAUUGGGAUGGAACCACUGGAGAAACUGGAAGUCACCUCAAAAAUUCUCACCACCAAAGAAAAAUUAUAUGGUGACUUCCUGAGCUGGAAACUAGAAGAAACCCUUGCCCAGUUUCCCUUGCAACCUGGAAAGGUGGCCACUUUCACCGUCAGCAUCAAAGUGAAGCUGGAUUUCUCUUGCCAAGAGAAUCUCCUCCAAGACCUCAGUGACGACAGCAUCAGUGUGAGUGGCUUUCCGCUGUGCAGCCCCUUCCGCCAGGUCGUGAGGCCCCGGGUGGAGAGCAAGCCCGUGAACCCAGCUGAGGGCAGCCGGCCUGGGGACCUGGGUCACGUGAAGACCCUGGAAGCUAUCCUGAAUUUCAAAUACUCCGGAGGCCCGGGCCACAUUGAAGGAUAUUACAGGAACCUCUCGCUGGGGCUGCACGUAGAGGUUGAGCCAUCUGUAUUCUUCACACGAGUCAGUACGCUGCCGGCAACCAGUGCCCGGCAGUGCCACCUGCUCCUGGACGUCUUCAACUCCACGGAGCACGAGCUGACAGUCAGCGCCCGGAGCAAUGAAGAGCUCGUCCUGCACGCCGGCGAGUGCCAACGAAUGGCUAUUCAAGUGGACAAGUUCAACUUUGAGAGUUUCCCAGAAUCCCCUGGGGAGAAGGGGCAGUUUGCAAAUUCCAAGGAGCUGGAGGAGGAGAGGCAGGAAGCCCGAGGCCUGGAGAUCAACAGCAAGCUGGACAUCCACUGGACCAUCCCCUCUCUGAAGCGCACAGGUGAGGCGAGUGUGGAAGGACUCCUGAGCCAGCUGGUCCUGGAGCAUCUGCAGCUGGCCCCUCUCCUGUGGGAUGUGCUGGUGGACGGACAGCCCUGUGACCGCGAGGCGGCGGCCUGCCGGGUGGGCGACCCCGUGCGCCUGGAGGUGAGGCUGACCAACCGGAGCCCGCGCAGCGUGGGGCCCUUCGCCCUCGGCGUGGUGCCCUUCCAGGACCACCAGAACGGCGUGCACACCUACGACCUGCGCCAUGCCGUCUCCUUCGUGGGCUCCGGCACCUUCUACCUGGACAAGGUGCGGCCGUCGGGCCAGUCAGCCUGCCUUGGGGCCCUUCUGUUCCUCUGCACGGGCGACUUCUUCCUCCGCAUCCGCUUCCACGAGGACAGCUCCAGCAAGGGGCUGCCGCCCUCCUGGUUCCGCCUGCCCAGCGUGCACGUGCGCGCCCUGGGGGCCCAGGCCUGAGCCGCUGUUCCCGCGGGGAGAGAUGACCAGAGGGCCCCCCGGGCAGUGGACAGGCCUUCGCUGCAACUCCUGUCCACUCCUCCCACCCCUCCCCUCCCCUCCUACCUGCGCCGUCCUCUCUGGGCUUUGCAGGGGCCCCCAGACUUGGCAGACUGUGGCCCCUUCCCACACUGGCCAUCAGGGCUCCCCUGCAAGAGGCCGCUGCUAGGGUGAAUGCUAACCAAACCCCAAAGUGUGGCCCUGGGUCCCUGCACCUGUUCCCUGUGACCUGGGGUUCACAGCCCAGCCAGCAGGAAGAAGAGGUGAGCGUGAGGGAGGGGCACAGCUGGGGUGGGUCUGGGGAAGCUCCCUCGGCCCCCUCGGCCGUUGGAAUCCCCCGAGGGCUGGCUCUUCUUCCCGGGGCCCCGAGGCAGCCCAGCCAGGAGAGGUGGCACCAUGGUUGACCCCAGGAGGAGCCACCUGCCCCCGGUGGGUAGACGGUCACCUCUGCCAGCUGUUCUGGCCCCUGGGCUGGUUCCAGGCUGGGCUGUGGGGGGCCACGGCCUGCGUGCGUCUGCGUGUCGCUGACAGAUUCUCCAAUAAAGGGCCUGCCUCACUUCUCUGCUGGUC